GGUCAGACCAACAUGGCGGCCGCUGAGUUGGAAACUUUGGAGACGCAGAAAACAGCCCCUCCCUCUGCAGAGUUACUGGACUGUCCCUUCUCCCUGCUGGAGGUGGGAUGUGCAGGGAAGGUUCAUGUCUGCCCCGGGGGGGAUACGGCCAAACACCCGCUGCCACCGCUGACUACUCUCCCCCAUGGUCUGCCGCCGGUACUGCAGGACCUACAGGCCCAGUUGAGAGGGUACCUCCAGCGUCCUCAGGACCUCCCCAUACAUGACUUCCAGAAGGCACAGAAGUUCUGGCCCCGUGAAAGAGACCCAGAGUCCCUGUACUCAGCAGAACUCUGUCCUGUGCAGACCACACUUCAGGUGGACAGGAACCCCACUACUGGGGAGCUUCUCGGCUACAAGGAGGUGUAUCUCCAAGACACGGGGAUCUCUGCCAAGAACUCGCUGUCGCUACGGCGACCACCAGGACCCCCCACAGAGGCGACACGGGGGAGUUCCACUAACUACCCCUUCUGGCCGGGGGGGAUGGACGAACCUGACCUGGGGACUGUUCUUGGGAUGGAAGGGGGAGGGGACGUUGACUUUGAGAACGAUCUCUUGUGCUGUCCUCCCGGGUUUGAGAAUGGAGUCGACUUCAAAAAACUGAAGAAGAAAGAAGAGCAGUUGGCCAAGAUUGCCGCCCCUUCCCAGCAUGCCCCAAACGUGCUGAACCUGGCAGACAUCCUUGCAGGGGAUGAUGAGAUGGAUUGGAGUGAGGAAGAGGAAGAGGAGGAGGAAGAGAAGGAGGUUAAGGAGGCACCAACACUUCAGAGAGCAGACAGUCUGGAGAACAUGCUUCCUCAGGAUCCCCAGGCUGGUGAGGUUGCCGGACCCCCACCCCCGGGGAAGGCCCCCCAGGGUGAGGAGCAGUGGGCUGUGAAGGUGGACAUCAGCACGCCUGUAGCAGACUUUCACAGGAGGAUUCCCAACCCUGCAUACCAGUGGCCGUUCGAGCUGGACGUGUUCCAGAAGCAGGCGAUUCUGCACCUUGAGAACCACGACAGCGUGUUCGUGGCGGCGCACACGUCUGCGGGAAAAACCGUGGUGGCCGAGUACGCCAUCGCUCUGUCACAGAAACACGUCACCAGGACAGUCUACACCUCCCCUAUCAAGGCGCUGUCCAAUCAGAAGUUCCGUGACUUUAAGCAGACGUUUGAUGACGUGGGCCUGCUGACGGGAGACGUGCAGCUGAGACCGGAGGCCGCCUGCCUCAUCAUGACGACCGAGAUUCUCCGCUCCAUGCUCUACAACGGGUCGGACGUCAUCCGAGAUCUGGAGUGGGUCAUCUUCGACGAGGUUCACUACAUCAACGAUGCGGAGAGAGGUGUAGUAUGGGAGGAAGUGUUGAUCAUGUUACCAGAACAUGUGAACAUUAUCCUGCUGAGUGCCACAGUCCCAAACACCAUGGAGUUUGCAGACUGGAUCGGGAGGACGAAGAAGAAGAAGAUUUACGUGAUCAGCACGCUGAAGCGUCCGGUACCCCUGGAACAUUUCCUGUACACUGGGAACAGCAAACAGACCAGCAAGGAGAGGUUUCUCAUCGUGGACUCUGCCAGGAACUUCCUCACCAAGGGGUACUAUGCUGCUAUAGAUGCUAAGAAGGCCCGAGCCUCCAAGUCUUCCUCCGGGUACGGAGCCAAGGGGACGAGAGGAGGGGACCCCAGACAGGAGAAGAAUGUGUGGCUGUCGAUAAUCCAGGCGAUCCAGCGGGACGACAAGCUUCCCGUCGUGGCCUUCACGUUCUCCAAGCGCCGCUGCGACGACAACGCCGCCAUGCUGACCUCGAUUGACCUCACCACGGCCGCAGAGAAGAGCGAGAUCCACCUGUUUAUACAGAAGUCUCUACACAGACUGAAAGGGCCGGAUAGGGAUCUGCCUCAGGUAAAACACCUGCAGGAGCUGCUGAAGCGAGGUCUGGCCGUGCACCACAGCGGGAUCCUGCCUAUCCUGAAGGAAGUGGUGGAGAUGCUCUUCAGCCGGGGACUCGUCAAGUUCCUGUUUGCCACGGAGACAUUUGCCAUGGGAGUGAACAUGCCGGCCCGGACAGUUCUGUUCGACUCCAUCAGGAAACACGAUGGCACACAGAUGCGGGACCUGUUGCCCGGAGAGUAUAUCCAGAUGGCAGGCCGCGCCGGGCGGCGGGGACUGGACACGACCGGGACCGUGAUCAUCCUGUGUAAGGGGGACGUGCCAGAGAUGGCAGAUCUGCACAAGAUGAUGCUGGGUAAGCCGACCCAGCUGGAGUCCCGUUUCCGGCUGACAUACACCAUGAUCCUGAACCUGCUGAGAGUGGAGGAGUUGAGAGUUGAGGACAUGAUGAAGAGAAGCUUCUCUGAGUUCCACACCAGGAAAGACACUCAGGUGCACCAGAGGGAGGUCAAGGACGUACAGGAGAAACUGAAAACAGUGAAGGAGCCGGACUGCCUCAUGUGCGGGGUCGACCUGGAAAACUACUACAUGAGCUGCAAGGAACUCUGGGAACUCAGAAGGCAGCUGCAGAAACAAAUCCUGACCUCUCCCCACGGACUGAAGGCCCUGUCGGCAGGGCGGGUCGUAACCGUUAGCAACCACAAACACAAUAACGCUCUGGGAGUGGUGCUGCAGGUAACCUCGGGCAGCGGUAACGAGAAGCUCUUCACCACCCUGAUCCUCUGCGACCCCUCAGUGUCAGAAAGUCCGACCUCUGACCCACGACCUGACCACAAGGUCACCCCAGUGCUGCCGAACUCUGCUCUCUUCCUGCCGGACGGGCCGUGUGGUCAUGUGAUCGAGCCGCUCCGUCCGGAGGACAUCACCAUGGCAACGACCUCCACCCUGAAGGUCAACGCUGACAGAAUUGUGGACGAUGUAAGGAAACGACAACAACCAAGGUUCAGGAACGACCCACCCGGCCAGUCUGUCACCGUGGCGACCCAGGAGCUGCUGCGGCUGACGGAGACCCACUCGGGCGGGUUGACCCCGCUUGACCCGGUGAAGGACCUGGGUGUGCGGGACGUCGACUCCGUGGAGCAACUCCGGAGGAAACAGUUCCUCCUGGAGUCACUCCACAAGUUCUCCUGUGUCCACUGUACCAAGUUCAGGGAACACUUUGCUGAGUUGAGAGAGAACAUUGAGCUGAAGGACAGACUGAACCACCUGUGCUACCUGCUGUCCGACAACAGCCUGGCUCUGCUUCCUGAGUAUGAACAAAGGGUACAGGUGCUGAAGCGGCUGCGUUACCUGGAUGCGGCAGGUACGGUGCAGCUGAAGGGACGGGUAGCCUGUGAGAUCAGUAACCACGAGCUGCUGAUUACUGAGCUGGUGUUCGAGAACGUCCUGACUGACCUCCAGCCCCAGGAGAUCGCUGCUCUGCUGUCAUGUAUCGUGUUUCAGGAGAGAAGAUGUGUGGAGCCCACUCUGACUGAAACGCUGCAGAAGGGCAAGGAUGCGAUUAUCGCCAUGGCAACGCGUCUUGCAGAGCUGCAGCGGGAGUGCGGGGUGAACGUGCAGGUGGAGGACUGCGUGGAGGAACUCAAGUUUGGCCUGACCGAGGCCGUGUUCCAGUGGGCCAACGGCAUGCCAUUUUCCAAGAUCACAGAGCUGACAGACGUACAGGAAGGCGUGAUUGUACGCUGUAUCCAGCGGUUGGACGAAGCGUGUCGGGACGUCCGUAGCGCCGCCCGAAUCAUCGGCGACCCGAACCUCUACGCCAAGAUGGAACUCGCCUCCGAGAAGAUCAAGAGGGACAUCGUAUUUGCCGCCAGCCUCUACACCCAGUAGCGUUUCAAGUAGUACACAUAGUGGAAGCAAAUCGCUGGGUGGUCCCACAUUGAUGGUUAGGGUUGAACAUGGCAGGCGCAUGUUGACGAUUCUUUAUGGCAAUUCAUCUCUUGAAAAUGGUGUACUGGAAAUUUGGGAGUGCAUUUAGCUACUGUGAAACGACGACAGGUAAAGACAAGCGUAAAAUUGGGAGCUAGCCUCCGAAAAGAUCAAGAGAG